AUGUCAGAAUUACAAGAGGAUGUUGAUAUGAUGAAUGAUCCUCUGCUUAAAAAAGCAUUGGAUGAAAAUAAUUAUGAACUUUUGGUACCGAAUCUUGAGGAAUUGAAUACUCUUUUUUCUGGUAUGAAAUCGAAAUAUGAGACUCUACAAGCAGACGCUGAACAUAGCGAAAACGUAUUAAUUCUUCUUCGACGCAUCAUGAAAGAUGUCCAAACUUUGACAAAGGAUAAAGUUCUGGCGAAGAAAUAUAUCGAGAUGCUCAACAAAAAGUAUGAGGAACUCAAAGCGACUGAAGAAGCUACCAAAAUAUCUGGUGAAACAGCUCAACAGCAGAAAGAACAACUUUCACGACGGAUCUUGAGCAAUGAUGAAGCGGCUAAGAAGAAAGAAAAUGAACUUUCAGUCCGCAUCAAAAACGUUUCAGUAGGUUCUGAUGUUCGCAAGGCUUUCAGCGACUUGUUGAACGCGUUUCAAGAACUCUCUCUAUCAAAUAAAGAGACCGCCGAGAAGAUCAUUGAGUCCAACACAGAAUCUAUCAAUAAAGUUUUAUAUCUGUCAAAAGCAUCAAUCAAUGGUGUCUUAGAUUCAUCGAAGACGUCAAUCAAUGAUGUUGUUGAGUCUUCAAAAGCAUCAAUCAUUGGUGCUUCGGAUUCUUCAAAGGCAUCUAUCAAUGACGUUGUUAAAUCCUCGAAGAAUUUGUUGAAUAACCUUGCAGAUUCCUCAAAGUCGUCGAUUAUUGAAGUGGUCAAAUCAUCAACUGCUUAUAUGCAAAAAUUGUCCGAUUCAUCCAAUCAAUCGAUUAAUGAAACAGUCGAGCAUGCCAACAAGUCGAUCGAGAAUUCAAAGAGUUCUAUCCAGCAAGAGGUUAAGAACAUAGAGGAAUCUGUUAAAGCAGCAUCCUCGGUAAUCGAUGAAGGGGUCAAGUCCGUAGCAAAAACCAUAAAUGAUGCAAGUAACACACUUGUCAGUUCUAUGGAUAAAGUCAAGACUUCCCUGGAAGAGAAGACCAAAACAUCGAUUGAUGAGUUUGCCUCCUCAGCAAAGGCCACCGUUAGCGACAACGUGAAAUUAUCAAAUGAUGAAUUCCUUAUGUCUGUAAAAGUAGCUAUUGGUAAAGCCAUAAAAACUGGGAGGGCAUCUGGUGGUAAAGAAAGAAAAAUCUUGGAUCAAGCAGAUGAAAUUGAAAGAUUAUUGAACUUGGUAAAAAGCCAUGAGACUAAGAUUUCUACCCUUUCUGCUGAAAAUGAAAACCUGAAGAGGGUAGGAGAUACACUACUCAACGAGAAAAACUCAAUGCAGCUACAGUUAGAUGCGGAAAAAUCCAGCUUGACUCGUGUAACUAGAGAGAAAAAUAUCUUGGAGGUUGACAAAACCACUCUCCAAGCCGAAAAGGCUGAAUUAGAUACUAGAAUUUCAACUCUUGAAAAUGAUUAUGAUUAUGCGAGGAAUCAAGUCUCAAAACUCACAAAUGAUAAAUCAAAGGUGGAACAAGGGGCCUCAAAGUUAAAGACACGAGUCUCCGAGUUGAUGAAUAAUCUUGACGCGUCAAACAACCAAAAUGCUACUCUCAUGGAAUCUAUCACCAUUCGUGACCAAAAGAUUGAAACUCUUGAGAGUAGUCUAAUUCCUCGUGAUGACUUGACUAAACAGAUCACUGAGAAAACUCAGAUGGUCGAACAACUCCAAAGUUAUAACUAUGAGAAACGAUUGGAGGCCCAGAAAGCAUCCGAUGAAGCGUAUCAAAAAGUUAACCAGGAUUAUCUUGAUGAAAUUAUGAAAUCUUACGAAAAUCACCUGAAUAGCGUUGAAAAAAAACAUACGAGCCACAUGGAAAAAUUUCGAGAUUGUCAGAACAAAUUUGUUCAAGGCUUGAUGAAUGUUGUUACAGUUCCAAAAGCUCCUUGCCCAAGUUGCGCACAACAUGAAGCAGAAAAUGCAUCAUUGAAGAGAGAUCUCCUAGAAAAGAAUAGCAAAGUGGAGACUCUCCGGGAUCAAAUUGGCACCAUAAAAGAAGCCAUAACCUCCCAAACCGAAUUAGUCAAACUUCGAAGUACACUUGAUGAAGAUAUCAAGUUAUUCAAGAAGAAGAAGGAGAUGAGAGAAAAAGCUCUCGUCUCUAUGACUAAAGGUCGAGAUCAUUGGUGCGAUAUGCAUCAGAGACUCUCAACUCAACACUCAAAAGAACUGAAAGAUCUUGAAUUAGAGCAUAGCGAGCGCACUCUUAAAUUUGAGAAUAAAGUUCGAGAACUCAACUUGGCUACAGAGAAACUCAAAGAGGACAAUGCAAAAGUCCACGAAGAUUUGAUCAAAUCUCACAACUUGGCAAUUGAAUCCAAGGAAAAAGAGAUCAAACUUAUCGCGAGUGAAAUUGAUUCCAUCAAAAAGAUGAAACCGGGUACACCCGUGUCUCCCACUGUCCCAGAAGCCUCUCUAAUCAGUGAGGGCUCUGCCACAAAAAAGCGGAACCAUGAGAUCUUUUCUGGAUCACCACAAAGCAAGUUUAUAAGAGCAUGGCACAAAUAUUGUUCCGAUAUGUUUGCAAUUGUGGAUAAAAUGGUGCCUGAAGGUGUGCCAAAUGUCUCGUAUAUGCAAGGGUGGAGAAGAGUCAUGUCUGCAAGUCAGAAACUUCGGCUCGAUCAUUACAUUUCGGAUUGUGGCAUCAUCAACGAUGUAAACUCUUUACUUUCACAAAAUGUUAGAGUCUUGAGAUUGAAAAGAGGUGGAAUAGAAUGA